UCCAAAAAAAAGUGUCUUAAAAACUUUCCCUCAGACUGUGAUCCUGCAGAAAGACUCAGUCUCUGCUGCAGCCGAGCGGCGGAUCGAUCACAGCUGAUCAGAUCCGAUCAGAUCGAUGGAUUAGAGGAAGCUGCUGCUGCUGGAGAGUCAGGGGUGUUGAAGCUGACCUCUGACCUCUGAACACAAACACUAAAAAACAUCCGCAGUGAGAAAAAAAGAGGAAGAGGAAGAAAAAAGGAGGAAGAAGAAAAGAAAAGAGGGAAGAAGAAGUGAUCAGAUGCUGAAAACCAAUAAAGUAUCGAUGCUUUAGUGGGUUUUGGUCACGUGGCUUACAGACAUGGCGUGGAGUGUGUGUGUGUUGCUGGUGUGUGUGUGUGCGUUCGACGUGUCGGUCGACGCUCACAGCGGAUUGGACAGGAGCAGCGACUACACCCACCUGGACCAGCACCAUCAUUCGGUUUCCAACGGCAACACAGCCUCAGAUCUGUGUAUGAUAGACCGGCAGCUCUGUCAGGAUGAGAACUCGGUGCUGAGUUUCGAGGCGAUCUGCAGCAUCCACAAACUGAUGGACGACGACGCCGACGGCUCGGUGGACAUCACCGAGACGGACGAGUUCCUCAGGGAGGAUCUGAAGUAUCACGACCCCAAAGCCAAACACAGCAGCUUCCACCGAGCCGACCUGCACAUCAGCGUGGAGGACAUGUGGAACGCCUGGAAGAGCUCCGAAGUUUAUAACUGGACGGAGCAGCAGGUGGCAGACUGGCUGCUUCAUGUGGAGCUUCCUCAGUACACAGAAACCUUCAGGAAACACCAGCUGGACGGCAAAGCUUUACCCAGGCUGGCGGUGAAAAACACAACGCUGACGCUGACGGUGCUCAAGAUUUUAGACAGAACUCACGCUCAGAAGCUGCAGCUCAAAGCUCUGGACAUUGUGCUGUUCGGACCGCCGCCAGGCAGGCAGAAGUGGUGGAAGGAUCUGGUUCUGGGUGUUUCCAUCCUGAUGGCUUUGGGCGGCUGCUGGUUUGCGUACGUCCAGAACAGGAAGUCCAGAGACAACCUGGGGAAGCUGAUGAAGGACCUGGAGGGUCUGCAGAGAGCCGAGCAGAGUCUGAUGGACAUGCAGGGGAAGCUGCAGCUGGCUCAGGAGGAGCAGCGCUCCGUUCAGGUGGAGAAGGUGAAGGUGGAGGAGGAGCUGAGGAGCGAGAUCGACUCGGCCAAACAGGAAGCUCAGCGGCUCCGUGAACUCAGAGAGGGAACCGAGAACGAGAGGAGCCGACAGAAAUAUGCUGAGGAGGAGCUGGAGCAGGUGCGUAUGGCUCUGAGGAAGGCAGAGAGGGAGUUGGAGUCUCGGGCUCGCUGGGCCGCUCCGGAGGCUCUGCAGACAUGGUUGCAGCUCACGCACGAGAUUGAAGUUCAAUAUUAUAACAUCAAGAAGCAAAGUGCAGAGAAACAGCUGCUGCAGGCCAGAGAGGGGGCGGAGAAGAUUAAGAAGAAGAGGAGUUCUCUGUUCGGGACUUUCCACGUGGCUCACAGCUCCUCGCUGGACGACGUCGACCACAAGAUCCUGUCAGCCAAGCAGGCGCUGGGCGAGGUGACGGCCGCUCUCAGGGAGAAACUGCACCGCUGGCAGCAGAUGGAGGCCCUGACCGGCUUCUGCCUGGUUAAUAAUCCGGGUCUGGGUUCUCUGGCUGCGGCUCUGAACCUGGACCCGUCCUUCCUGGGCCUGCGACCUCCGACCCCACAGCACCUCCUGCUGUCUGACGACCUGGACGACAUGGACGAGGACAUCCUGUCCCCCGGGACGCUGCAGUACGCAGCGUGGCAGAUGGACCGGCGAGUGAGCGACCUUUGGCCCCUGAGUGGCAUCGCAGACUCCCAGUCACCAUGGAAACACUCGGCUCAGAGCGUGAUGCCCCUGCGGCAGCGGCUGGGAGACCCCGCUCUCGCCUUCAGCUCUCAGAGAGACAUAAUGAACCGCUCAGACUCUGACUCCUCCCUUCCUCUCUCUCACGCCGAAUCACGGAGCCUGUACAGUUCUAAGCCCCUCCCCAUGCCGUCCAGGCUCCUCCCCCUUCCUGGCCAGGGGUCAGGGGUCGGAGGAGGGGGGGGCGGCGGUCUGGAGAAGAGCUCCAGCCUCGGGGAGCUGAGAGGAAGCUCAGCCGCCGGCCUCGCCUCCGCCGGCUCCACCCGAUCGCUCUUCGUCACGUCCGACGCCACCGACGGUCCGCUCCUCUUCUCGUCCUCCUCGUCCUCGUCAGGCAGCGCUCGAGGAACCACCGCCCCCCCGCCGACCCGUCGGAGCCCCGUGGAGGAGGACGGGCCCGAGGAGAGUGAGUCCACCGGCGGACGGAGGAGAAACGCCUUUAAUAAGAUCUUCAAGAAGAAGCAGGGACGACACUGAAGAGGAGCGACGACUCAACAUCCGGCAGCGCUUCUUUCUGCUCAACAGUUCUGACAAAAAUAUCUCUGAAACGUACGAGGGGGGGGUGACCUGACUCCACCCGGGGACGAGUCCCAAACACACAAACCAAUGAGGAGGAGGAGGAGGAGGAAGAGGUGAUCAUAGAAAGCUGAAAGAAAGAGAAACUUUCACAGACUUUUAUGAGGCUCUUUCUUUGUUUCUGCAUCGAGCUCGGUCCAAAAAAUCAAUAAACGCAUCAAUAAAAAUCAGCUUCCAGAACAUUUACACAAACUGAUUAACGGUCAUGUGACCUGCAGUUACCAGCUUUUUUACUUGAGGUGUUAAAAACCAAAAAAAAAAAACCAAAGUAAAGUUUUUCAGGUCCAACGAUUCAGAGACCAAAAUGCUUCAGUUCAACUCAAAGUUUUCCUGCAGUUACAAAGCC